AUAAAUUCAGCCAUCAUCCCAUCCACUUGUUGAAUAGACCUGUCCGUGGAGCUGGUCUCCACUUCACUUGCUUCAGGGGACUGGGAAAUUUGCUGUACAGGAAACGAGGGAGGAAGCUACUCAGUGAAGAAUUAUAGAGAUAUAUGACAUUUCCAUGAACUUGGGGUUAAAUCUAUUAUAAAAGGGACUGUUGGCCCUACUGAGCAGGAGCGCAGUGCAGCUGGGAGCGUGAGUGCCUCAGAUCUCCAGGAAGGGGUCUCGCUGAAGGAGCGGAUGGCGAGGUACCAGGCAGCUGUUUCCAGGGGCGACUGCCAUAGCUUCUCGGCUAAUAUGAUGGAGGAAUCCAGCAUGUGCACAGUGCCUGGUGGUUUGGCCAAGGUGAAGAAACAGUUUGAAAAGGAUGAAAUUACUUCUUCCUGUAAUACAUUUUCUCGAUUCCAAUACCAACACCAGAACAGAACUGAGCAGGAGGUAAUCCAUAGCAGUCAAGAAAUGAAAAGAAGUGAAGAAAUUUCCAAAGCAAAUGAGACUGAUGUUCUUGAGAGAGAAAUGGUCUCUCAUCUUGAAAAGCACACAGAGCAAACAAACCAAGCUUCUCAGUUCAGUCAGUAUGUCCAAGAAACAGUCAUUGACACACCUGAUGAUGAAGAGAUGCCUAAGGUUUCAACUAAAAUUUUAAAAGAGCAAUUUGAAAAGUCUGCCCAGGAAAAGGUCCUCUACUCUGGCAAAGAGACAAUGUACCCAGCUAAGGAGAGUAAGAUUGAAAGUGAAUAUGAAGAAAUUAUAAAGCCAACAUCAGUUGUGGGUACCUCUUCCUCUUAUGCUUCAACCAGCCAGAGGAAGGAAACAUCAGUUUCAAGAUACAGUGAUCAUAAAGCCACUUACUCAGCUCUGAGACAAGUUGAUACCACUGCUCCAGGAGAGACCGAAGAAUUUCCUCCUCCCCCGCCGGAUGUACUUAAAACUCCAAUAGAUGUGACAGCUUUUUCUCAGUCCCCUGAACUCCCAAGCCCUCCUAGAAGACUACCAAUCCCCAAAGAUGUCUACUCCAAGCAAAGAAAUUUGUAUGAAUUAAAUCGUUUAUAUAAACACAUCCAUCCUGAGUUAAGAAAAAACUUGGAAAAAGAUUAUAUUAGUGAGGUUUCUGAGAUUGUUUCCAGUCAAAAGAACACAGGGAGCUCAGUUUCAGCAGAUGUACAACAUGCCCGGUAUGUUUUUGAAAAUACAAACGAUAGCUCUCAAAGAGAUCUGAACUCUCAAAGAGAAUAUUUGGAAUGGGAUGAAAUUCUAAAAGGGGAGGUUCAGUCUAUGAGAUGGAUCUUUGAGAAUCAGCCAUUAGAUUCCAUCAACAGUGGUUCUCCAGGCGAAAAUAACAAUGCCAAGGGCAUUGCUGAUCAAGAAAUUAUCGCUGGUGGUGAUGUGAAGUAUACAACAUGGAUGUUUGAAACUCAACCCAUAGAUACGCUGGGAGUUCAUUCUCCUAGAGGUGGAGUAAAUGCUGACAAAAUUCCUGAGCUGGCCAGAGGCGAUGUCUCCACAGCCCGGUGGAUGUUUGAAACAAGGCCAUUAGAUUCUAUGAAUAAAAUGCUCCAGAAUCAAGAAGAAUUAGCAUCAACUAUUACUAAGGACAUAACUGGGGGAGAUGUAAAGACUGUGAGAUACAUGUUUGAGACUCAACAUCUGGAUCAACUUGGACAACUUCAUUCAGUAGAUGAAUUUAAUUUACUGCAACUCAGGUCUGAACUUAAAGAAAUUAAGGGAAACGUUAAGAGAAGUAUAAAAUAUUUUGAAACCCAACCAUUAUAUGUUAUUAGGGAUGGGUCAGGUCAAAUUCUAGAAAUCAAAACUGUUCACAGAGAAGAUAUUGAAAAGGGGGAUGUAAGAACAGCACGUUGGCUGUUUGAAACACAGCCUCUCGACACAAUUAGCAAGGACAUCACAGAAAUUAAAGUUGUCCGAGGGAUAUCCAUGGAAGAAAGUGUCAAAGGUGGGGUGAGUAAAGCAAAGUGGUUAUUUGAAACUCAACCUUUGGAAAAAAUCAAAGAAGAGUCAGAAGAUGUCAUCACUGAAAAAGAAACAAUCAUAGGCACAGAUGUCUCCAAAAAGUGUUGGAUGUUUGAAACCCAGCCAUUAGACGUUCUCAAAGAAACAUCUGAUGCAAAUCCUGUAUUAGCUGAAGAGAUAAUAGGGGGCGAUGUACAAACCACCAAGCAUCUAUUUGAAACACUUCCAAUAGAGGCCUUAAAAGAUAGUCCUAAUGUAGGAAAGCUUCAGAAAAUCACCACCUCUGAAGAAGAAAAAGGUGAUGUUAGGCACCAAAAAUGGAUUUUUGAAACCCAACCACUGGAAGAGAUUAGAGAAGAUAAAAAAGAAUACACACGAACUGUGAAGCUUGAAGAAGUUGACAGGGGUGAUGUCAGGAAUUACACACACAUCUUCGAAUCAAACAAUUUAAUUAAAUUUGAUGCAUCACAUAAAAUAGAAGUGGAAGGAGUCACAAGAGGUGCUGUGGAGUUAAAUAAAUCUCUCUUUGAGACUAUGCCAUUGUAUGCCAUUCAAGAUCACCUUGGAAAAUACCAUCAAGUAAAGACAGUCCAGCAAGAAGAAAUCCUAAGAGGUGAUGUGCGGAGCUGCAGAUGGCUUUUUGAAACAAGACCUAUUGACCAGUUUGAUGAGAGCCUUCUUAAAUUUCAGAUAAUUAGAGGAAUAUCUGCACAAGAAAUACAGAGUGGAAAUGUUAAGUCAGCUAAAUGGUUGUUUGAAACCCAACCUCUUGAUUCAAUUAAAUACUUUAGUAAUAUGGGAGAAACAGAAAAUAAAUCUGAACAAGCAACAGAUACUGUUAAAGGGGAUGUCAAAACCUGUAAAUGGCUAUUUGAAACCCAGCCAAUGGACUCUCUUUAUGAAAAAGUUUCAUUACUGACUGAAAGUGAAGAAAUUCAUAAGGGAGAUGUCAAAACCUGUACAUGGCUCUUUGAGACUCAGCCACUUGAUACCAUAAAAGAUAACUUUGAAACAACAGUCACCUUGCAAACUGUAAAACAGGAGGAAAUUCAGGGUGGUGAUGUUCGUACAGCAUGUCUUCUUUUUGAGACAGAAAAUUUGGACAGCAUACAAGGAGAGGAAGGGAAGGAAACCAAGACUGUAGAGAUGGAUAUCCAACCUGGGGAUGUCUCCAGCAUGAGGUACAAAUUUGAAAAUCAAUCCUUAGAUUCUAUAAGUUCCAGUUCAGAGGAAGUUUUGAAAAAGAUCAAGACACUAAAAGCUGAAGAUAUUCAGAAAGGCAAUGUCUUAAAUUGUAGGUGGCUCUUCGAAAACCAUCCAAUUGACAUGAUAAAAGAAAGCCAAGAAAGUGAGGCAUUAGUAAAGACAGUGACAGACAUCAAAGGUGGGGAUGUGAGAAGAGGAUGCUUUAUCUUUGAGACUUUUUCUUUAGAUGAGAUUAAAGAAGAGUGUGACCUUAUCAGCACCAAGAAAAUAAGUACUGAAGAAGUCGUAAAGGGUGAUGUAAAAAGCUACACAAUGCUUUUUGAAACCCAGCCACUCUAUGCAAUUCAAGAUCGAGAAGGGUAUUUUCAUGAAGUAACAACAGUUAAAAAAGAAGAGGUAAUUCAUGGAGAUGUACGAGGAACAAGGUGGCUUUUUGAAACAAAACCACUAGACUCAAUUAAUGAAUCACAAACCGUGUAUAUUAUUAAAUCUGUUACACAAGAAGACAUUCAGAAGGGGGAUGUUAGUUCUGUCAGAUACAGAUUUGAAACACAGCCACUAGAUCAAAUUUCAGAAGAAUCACGUAAAAUUGUGUCCACUGUUGACCACAUUCAAGGUGGCAAUGUGAAGAUAAGCAAACAAUUUUUUGAGUCUGAAAAUUUGGGGAUGAACAAUUGCGUAAGAACUGUAAGUAUCAAUGAAAUACAAAAAGGCAAUGUUAAAACAUCUACAUGGCUAUUUGAAACUCACACUGUAGAAGAAUUGAGAGGAGAAGGGUCAGAAUAUGAAAAUAUCAAGACAGUUACCCAGGAAGAUGUACAGAAGGGAGAUGUUAAACAGGCAAUAUGGCUAUUUGAAAACCAAACUUUGGAUUCAAUUAAAGAUGCAGAUGAAAGCAUCACAAAAAUUGCCAAGGAAGAAAUCCCAGCUUCCGAUGUCAAGACUACCACAUGGCUCUUUGAAACAACACCUAUUCAUGAAUUCAAUGAAAAUAGAGUUGAGAAGGUAGAAAUUAUUGGCAAGAGCAUUAAAGAAACCUUGAAAGAGCUUUACUCUCAAAAAGUGAUUGAGGUUCCUGGAAUUAUCAUUGAAGCUGAUGAAGUUGGUAACGUCCGAAUGGCUAAAUAUAAGCUAAUGAACCAAGCAUCUCCCGAGAUACAAAAAGAAGAAGUUAUCAGGGCUGAUCUUGGAAAUAUAAUGAUGAACUUACUUUCCAAAAAAGACUGCACCAAAAAAGAGAUCAUGGUUAGUGAAGAGGAGAAGGGAAAUGUUAACUUGACUAAAACUCAGUUGUUAAACAGAUCAGCUGAAUUUCGUGCUGAAAAAGAGGAGGUAGUAAAAGGUGAUGUGCAAGAAGCAAUUAAAAAACUGUUCACAGAGGAGAGAUCUGCCAAGAAAGGCAUUUUAAUCCAGGAGGAUGAAAGAGGAGACAUUAAUAUGACCAUCUAUUGUCUUCUUCAUGAAAAUGCUGGCGAUACAGUUAAGCAUGAAGAAGUAAUAGGAGGUGAUGUAAGACGUACCAUUCAUAAUUUGUUGUCUUCCACAUCAAACAGCGAAGUAUCUGAGAGGGCUAAAAUUGAUGCCUCUGAGAGAGGAAACGUUCAGUUUUUCACAACGUGCAUAGAGACUGGAGCUUUAGAGUAUCUCAAACAACUUCAGACAGGGCAACAUGAAGCACCAGCAGCUAGGAAGAAAGAAAGAGAAGAAGAAAUAAUUGGUGUUGAUGUGGAGCACACAAAAUGGUUGCUAAACAAAAGGCAGUCGCAGGUUGAACGUACUGUGAAUGAAACAGACAUCAUUCCAGGAGAUGUGCGUAAUACAGCAAAAGUUUUUAUGACAGAGUCUCCCAGUACAUCUUAUAAGACAAACAAAGAAGAAAUUAUAAAAGGGGACUUGAAAUCAACACUAAAUUCUCUCAGUCAGGCCGUAAGUGAGACAAUAGUGACUAAAACAGAAAAAAUAAAAGGCGACAUGCAGGCUACGCUCAAGUCACUUAAAGAGUCAACGCAACAAUGGAAAGAACCUAAUCAACCUGAUGCCAUCCCUGGUGAUAUUGAUAAAACAAUUGAAUGCCUUGAAAAGGCUACAAAUACAAGGACUGAAAUUCUUAAAAAGGAGCUUAUACGAGAUGAUCUUGAAAUGACUUUAAGGUCUUUGAAAGAAGCACAAAGAGGUUUCAAAGAGGUAGAUAAAGAAGGCAAAAUUAAAGAAGAUGUUUAUGCAGAAACUACAGGAUUUUCAGAAAAGCAGGAAACAAAGAUUCAUAAGGGUGCUGUCCAGAAGGCCAAAGAAAGCAUUAUUCAGCCAAGGCCAGGGCCACUUGACCAAGAUACUCUCUAUCAAACUGAAGGUAAAUCUCAUUAUGGAACUUCCACAAAAGAAAGUCAUCCAAAAGCCCCCAAAUGCACUGUAAAAAUUGUCAUAGAUCGUGAACAAAAUAAUGAUGGGCUUGAGAAAAACCUUAGAAAACUUUCUAAUUCAUACCAUGAAAGUACGAGAAAUGUGUUGGAAACAGGUGACAGAUUGAAUGUCUGGACUGGUACUACCAAAGAACAGCAGCUUAGAGAUGUAUACAUGAGUGGGCAAUUAACUUCAACGAUGUCCAUGAAGGAAAAUCUAACAACUAGGGAACCAGAGACAAUGAGGCAGCCAAAGAAGGGAGACAGCUCAAAAUCUACCCAAUCAAUUGAUAAAACACUUGGAAAGCACCAGAUUCAAAGCUGUGAACUGAGAAAUGACCAUCAGAAGACUGACGCUUUCCAUGUAGAGAGUCCUAAAAAGAGCAAAAAUAUUAAAGUACCAAUGGAGAUGCAAAGUCCUACAUCCAGUAGCUCCAAGCAUCCAGUUAACGUGCAAGUUGGAGAAACAUCUGAAAUUACAAAAGGUUUCCAGAAGCAAACAAUGCUAAAGCAAGAAAUGCAAUAUUCUAAAAAGGAUAUGAAGAAAGAUAUCAUGAACUUUCAUCCUUUUCCUGUAGAUCAAAACAUAUCCAAUGUAACAGAAGAGAAAAUCUCUGAAAAAAGUAGCAAUAAAUUCAAAGCAACUGACAAAAAGCAGAAAACUGAUGUUUAUCUGGAAAGCCAGGACUUUUUAAUGAAGACAAAUACUUCUAAAGACUUAAAAAUGGCAAUGGAAAAGUCAUUUAAUCCAGUCAAUUUUAACCCUGAGAAUAAUAUGAGAGAAAGUGAAUGCUCCCUUCCACCUCCAUCUCCUCCUCCUCCUCCACCUUCCAAUGCAUCAUCUGAAAUUGAAUUUCCUCUUCCUCCUCCACCUCCUUCAAUCCUGUUUCCUGAAAAAAAUGAAUUUCAGCCUCUGCCAUCCCCCGAGAAAAUAAGGGCUGAAUUCAAAAGCUGCCCAAGCCUCCCUCUUCCUUCACCACCAGGAGAUGAGAAAUCUGAAAGAGAAUGUGCAUCCGAGUUUCUACCACCUCCACCUCCUCUAACUCCACUUCAAAAAUCAGCGCAUCUUCUUUCCUCCUCUGUUCCAGAAAAACACAGCAAAACAUUCAUCCAACAGUAUUCUCAAAAAGAAGCCGCAAGCUCUCAGCAAACUUAUUCUCAUGCUAAAGUCCUAACAAGAAAAUCACCACCUCCCACAUUGCCCAAGCCUAAAUUUCUCAAGCUAAACAAAGAUAAAAACAAUCAACUUUCUUCUAAAGGUGAAGUGGGAAGCUCCCUAUCAAAUAUGGAAUAUAAAACUAUUCCCUUAAAGCAUCAGGAAAGAACAAUGGUGACAACUAGCAGGGAGCACAUGGACAGCAAGCAGGAUAUGGUGAGAAAAAGUCUUGAUGAAAGAACACAGAUAUCUAUUGAUUCUACCAAGUCUCUCGCCCAGACCAUUCCAGAAACUUCAGCACUCAAGGGAGAACAGAAAGUACCUCUCAUAAAAUCUCACUCGUUUCCAGAAAGUUCAAGUCAACAGAGUCCAAAACCUUACAUGAGAAAGUUUAAGACACCUUUAAUGAUUGCAGAAGAAAAAUACAGACAACAAAGGGAAGAGCUUGAAAAACAGAGAAAGGAAAGUUCUCGGUACAACACAGUCAAAAUAGAAAGCCCAAAUCAAAAGAUAACAGAGUUGGAAAAGGAAAUGCUGUCAGAAAAAACAAACAAGGAAAUACCCCCACCCAGAAUGGAUUCAGAGCUCAGUGUGGGCCAACCUAACCCAGAUGCUCAGGUUGCAAGACUGUGCUCUGACAAAGAACUUUCUACAACAACAGCAAUGUCAGUCACUACCAAUAGACACCAGCAUGUUCUAGCAGCCUCUAAAGACAAAAACAACAUGAAAAAGGAAGUUUUACAGAGCUCAAAGGAUAUUAAACAAUCUAAAUCAGCUUUUGAAAUUAACCAGAGUCACCAAGAAUAUAGUGCACACCAAACACAACAGAAGUGUGUGGAGCAGUUGAACUUGCAUCAAAGCAAAUCAGCUUCCCCAAGUUUCAAAGUUAAAACCAUCAAACUCCAAACUCUAGAUCAGACAUUGAAUAAAGCAGACCAGAGCUUCGAAAGCCAUGUGAAACAAUCUGUAGUUGAUACUCAAACCAUUACCAAACAACAGUAUCAAGACACUGAGACAACUGAAGCAAACACGGAAUAUAAUAAUAAGCAAUCUGUGACUGAACGUUUUUAUCAACCACCCAAGGAGAAAAGAGUGACAAUACAAAUGCCUACAGAGUCUGCAGAAAAGAGACAUGAAAAUAAGUUCAAGAUAGUUCCUGAGAAGCAAAGAGAAUGUAGGGAAUCUGACAGAGAGAAACUUCUAGGGAGUGAAUUAAAAAAUCAUGGAUCAUCAAUAAUCAAUCCAAAAGAGGAAAAAUUCAUAGUUGAAAGAAAGCAAGAACAUUCGACUAAUCAGUCAGCACUAAAGGUAGUCAAGCCAGAGGUUGCUGAUGCACAUCUAGAUUCACAGACUAAGAAUUUUCAGCAAAGCUACACACAGACUUUUGAAAGUGGAGUUGAACAUAAACAAUUGUCCCAGCCGUAUUAUAGUCUGCAGGAAAAGAAAUGUCUCAGAGAUAAGGACAUACAACAGAAACAAGCCUUUUCCAGUACUAAAGAUUCAGGGCAAGAGAUUUCACAGAACAAAUCUUCAUUUUCCUCUGUGAAAGAAUCUCAGCAGGGUGAUGGAAAAUGUGCUGUAAAUAUAUUGGAGUUCUUGAGAAAACGUGAAGAACUACAACAGAUUUUGUCUAGAGUAAAACAUUUUGAAACAGAGCCAAGUAAAAAUGGCCUUAAAACAUUUCAGACACUGCUAAAUAUUACUCCUGCAUGGCUGAUAAGUGAAGAAAAAAGAGAAUAUGGAGUUCGCAUUGCCACAGAGAAUAAUUUAGAAAAAGUCAAAGAAGAAGUAACACAUAUCAAAACUCAAGCAGAGGAUAUGCUUGCAUACUGUGAAAAUAUAAUUCAAACAGUCAUGAAAGCCUCCCAAACAGGAAGGCAGGGAAAUAAAUUUACCACUCUUAAUGAAACAUCAUCAAAAGUUUCUAGUACUAAUGCAAGCUGUGGUAAAAAGGUUGAACAGAAAGAAAAUAAAAUUGUAAAAGAAAAAACAUUACACCACCAAGUAGCAACUCACAAGGAAGCAACUGCUAAUGAUUAUGCAAAAACUCAUCAAGAAAUUAAUGCAGAGGAUAACAAGAGUUGUCCUCCCUCUUUAAAAAGUCGACCACCAUCACCCACUUUUAUCACAAUUGAGUCUUCUGCCAGACGAACAGAAAACCCUCCUAAAGACGAGCUUUCUCAGUUCCCUGUAAAGGAUAGUUGUGUGGAGACCCCACCAAGAAGACCCAUAUCACAUGUGUCUAGAAUUCACAGAGCAAACAGCUCGCCCUCUCCACCCAGGAGCCGCUCAGAACAACUUGCCAAGCUCAAAGACACCACUGCAAAAUUAUCUAGAGGAAUCAUCCCCUGUACACCAGUAAGCCCAGUUCCAGUUGCAGAGAAGAGGUCAGAGAUCAUCUUGUCUCCAGCAUCGCUUCGUCGUCAAAUUAAGAUAGAAAGUCGUGAUAGAGAGUCUCCGCCUACGAUCACAAUACCUGUAGGUAUAAAUCCUGUCAGCAGUGGUUCCUACAGAGAAUCCAUGAAAGCUCAGGAGGAAGUUAGGAAAGUAGAGAAAAGGGAAACGUAUGUUCACCAAGAUGGAGUGAAUUCCAUUAAUGGCAUAAUGCCUGAUACUGAAAGUUACGACGCAGUGGAAAUCAUCCACAAGGUGGAAGCGCCUCUCCUGUCUGAACGUCCCCAGAGAUAUGAAGCAGCCAAUCAGACUGUUCAAAUGGCUGAAAAUUUUAUGAAUGACCACAAAAAUGACAUAAACAAAUGGUUCAGAGAAUUUGAAGACGGUCCAAUUUUUGAAGCAAAAUCACAAAGGAGGGUAUAUGCAAAUGGAGAUGUAAACCAUAACAUAAAGCAAGAAAGUCAUAUGUUUUGUAAGGAGGAAUUUGGAUCAACAUCCUUAGAAAACACUAAUUUUACAGACUUUUCUUACAAAUAUCCUGGAGAGCUCCGAGAACAAAACUCUGUUCAACAACCCAGAGUACACUCUGAAGCAAGGUCUCUAAGUGAACACUUCUCAGGCCUGGAUGAUUUUGAGAAUCAAGUUGUUGGGUCAAAGGUAAUAUCCUCAUCAUCACACAGCUCAGAAAUUGGCAAAUCUGGCUUUGACUUCAAGCAUGCCCCACCAACCUAUGAAGAUGUCAUUGCUGGACAUAUUUUAGAUAUCUCUGAUUCACCUAAAGAACUUAGGAAGAAUUUUCAAAAGACAUGGCAAGAGAGUGAAAGAGUCUUUAAAAGCCUCUAUGCAGCCUCAGAUGCUUCUGCAACCGGCAUGAGAAGCACCAUCCAGGAGGAAUCUGCAUUUACAACCGAAACAGCUGCUCCAAGACAAGGAAAAAUGUACACUUUGUCAAAAGACAGUUUAUCCAAUGGAAUGCCUAGUAGCAGACAAGCAGAGUUUUCAUAAGUUCUGCUUCCGAUGCCACCACUGCAACAGUAAACUGAGUUUGGGAAAUUAUGUAUCACUUCAUGGACAAAUAUACUGCAAACCUCACUUUAAACAACUUUUUAAGUCUAAAGGAAAUUAUGAUGAAGGUUUUGGACACAAACAGGACAGAGAUAAACAUAAUUACAGAAAUCAAAGCAGUUCAGGGGACUUUAUUCUCAAUGAAGAACCAUGUGUAUGUAAAAG